AUGCAGAAAGAAGUCAUGUAUGCAUUCGACAAGAACUUGCGGUUCGAUGACGGCGAAGAAUGGAAAGAAGUAACGGCCUUCGUCCUCAUCAAGCGUAUCGUCACCAUCAUGAACGCGGUGGGUUUUGUGGGCAUGAUCUCCGGAAAGCAUUUGACGCACUCAAUGGUUGGCAUUCGUGGCUUCGACCAGUUGUUCACCCCCUCAUCUUCCGGCGCAUUGGUUUCCAUGCCAGGCGUCAACGGGUAG